CCUGGGAGUUCGUCCACACCAAAUCUGUUUUUAUCUUCCCCCUGUUCCAAAUCCGAACAAACCCAAAGCCAUCAAAGUUUCGCAAGGACACCCCAAUGGCACCCACUGUUCUCUUCAUCCUAAUAUCCUCUUUCUUCGUUCCCGCGCAUUCCCUUCUCGAACCCACGGACCAAGCCUUCACCUCCGUAGUCCUCUCCCGACAAGGCCUAGAUUUUCUCAAAGACUUGCUCGUGGACAAGGCCGUUUCUUCUAUAAUCCCACUGAAACUACCCAAGAUUGAAAAAUCUGUGAGAAUCCCUUUUGUGGGUAGCGUUCAUAUGGUCCUCUCGGACACUAAAAUAUACGAAAUUGAUGUUUCGGAGUCGUAUGUUAAGCCUGGCGAUGCUGGAAUUGUGAUUAUCGUGUCAGGAGCUACUUGUAAUUUGAGUAUGAAUUGGUAUUAUUCUUACAGUACGUGGCUUGCGCCGGUUGAGAUUUCGGAUACAGGGAGUGCUUCUGUUCAGGUUGAAGGCUUGGAAGUGGGGCUUACUUUAGGCUUGGAGAAUGAUGAAGGAACUCUGAAGCUAUCCCUUAUGGAAUGUGGUUGUUAUGUUAGAGAUAUUUCAAUAAAAUUGGAUGGCGGAGCAUCUUGGCUCUAUCAAGGGAUGAUUGAUGCCUUUGAAGAUCAAAUAGGGUCUGCAGUGGAAAAUGCUAUUACUAAGAAACUUGAAGAAGGGAUUUUGAAGCUCGACUCCUUUCUGCAAGCUCUUCCAAAAGAAAUUCCAGUGGAUGACAAUGCUUCUCUGAAUGUAACUUUUGUAAAAGACCCUUCAUUGAGUAAUUCUUCCAUUGGAUUUGAGAUCAAUGGGUUAUUCACAGAAAGAAAAAGAGAUCUAGUCCCUAAGUAUCGGUCUGCAAAUACACAACCUUCGGUGUUCUGCCCAGAUUCAUCUAAAAUGCUUGGAAUUUCAUUAGACGAGGCUGUCUUUAACUCAGCAUCAUUCUUGUACUAUAAUGCAACGUUUAUGCGAUGGAUUGUGGACAAAAUACCAGAUCAGUCUCUUUUGAAUACUGCUGGAUGGAGAUUCAUUAUUCCCCAACUGUACAAGAAAUACCCUAAUGACCCUAUGAAUUUGAAUAUUUCUUUUUCUUCUCCUCCUGCCAUAAGGAUUGCAGAGAAUGAUAUUGAUGCUACUGUUAACGUAGACUUGAUAAUUGACGUUUUGGAUUCAAGCGAAGUAAUACCAGUUGCAUGCAUCUCAUUGGUAAUUCGUGCUUCAGGUUUAGUUAAAAUUGCAGGAAAUAACCUUGCUGGCAGUGUGAAACUAAAUGACUUCACAAUGUCAUUGAAGUGGAGCAAUAUUGGGAAUCUGCGGUUAUAUUUAAUUCAGCCUGUGAUGUGGACAAUAAUUCAAACUGUGUUCUUGCCAUAUGCAAACUCACACCUUGGAAAAGGAUUUCCUUUGCCGAUCAUCCACGGUUUCACCCUUCACAAUGCUUUGAUUAUUUGUUCAGAUUCAAGAAUUAUCGUUUGUGGCGAUGUAGCAUAUAAAGAAUCAAACAAUUUUAGUCAGCUUCUAACCCAUUUGGUAGAUAAACGUAGGUUACCCUUAUUAGAUGUCUGAAAAUGUUUAUAGGAAAGGGAAGCAAGAAUCAGUUCCCCCCCAUUUGUAUAUGUUGUUUGAUGUGUUUUUCAGGUUGAAUCUUUCACCACUUGGAUGUAUUCAUUGUACAACAGAACCCUUUUAACAGUAGAUCUCACUGUAUAAUGAGCAUGCACAGUUCAGAUCA